AUGAGCGGAAGCGAAGAGGAGGCCUCUUUGACUUUUCGAAAAACCGAAGACGAUGUUGAAAAAUUGAAGACCAAGGUUAUGGAGUUCACGAAUCAGGUUGGUUUUGGCUGAAAAUCCAUGAAUUUUGGCUGAAAAUCGUGAAUUUUCAGAACUUUGUCGAAUCUACUGAAGAUGAAUCGGAUCUUUCCACACCUACCCAAGUCGGACCACCUUUUGGCGCGUUUUCAGGCGAAACUGCCAGUGAGGUUCGUAUUUUUGCGCUGAAAAUCUGAAAUUUUCAUCUGGAAAUGAUCCGGACUAAAAAAUAAUGAUAAAUUUCAAAGUGCCACGUCAUAGGUCACGUUGGGAAAUAAAAAAAAAUUACGAAAUCUUGCCUGAACCCUGAAAUUUCAGCAAUAUCACGAUUUCCAGUCAAAAUUCCGGAUUUUGACUGAAAAUCGAGAAAUUGCUGAAAUUUCCGGGUUCUCGCACAGGGAAAUCUAUCGCCAAUUUUUUUUUCGGGAAGCCUCAAGGCGCUGCUGCUUGGGAAUUGAGUUGUCAAGCAGCUGCGCCUUGGCAUCGGGUUCGCCAGGGCGGUGCAGCUUGGCAGGCAGCUUUUCAAGCAGCGAAGGCUUGAGAUCGAGUUUUUCAAGGCGUCGCUGCUUGGCUGGAGCUUGUUAAGCAGCCACGCCUUGACUACAUAUUUUUCAAGUAACCGCUGCUUGACAUAGGGCAUUUCAAGGUACCAGUGCUUGCCAGGUAGCUCGUCAAGCGUUCGCCCCUUGACAACAUGAUUUUCGAGGCGCCUCUCCUUGACAAAACCUCUCUCAAGGCGCCUCUCCUUGACAAAACCUCUCUCCAGACGCCUCUCCUUGACAAAACCUCUCUCAAGGCGCCUCUCCUUGAAAAAACCUCUCUCAAGGCGCCUGUCCUUGACAAAACCUCUCUCAAGGCGCCAACCCUUGAAAACAAGCAAAAAAAAGUUCAAAGUCCAAAUUUCCCCCCAAAUUUUGGACAAUAAAAAGUGCAGACGGUGUAAAAAUGAAGUCCAACAAUGUUCCAAAUCGACCAUAUCAUCUCUAUUUUUCUCUCUCUCGAUUUAUCACUUUUUUGCCCAGGUCGACAGUAUCUAUUAACCAUUUCUAGCAAAAAAAAAUCAUAUUUUCUCUCCUAUAGCGAAAUAGUGUUGGAAAUUGAGAGAGUUUUGAGUAAACAGUGUGAAAUUUGCUGUCCUUAUCUGAACUUUUUAUUUAUUCAUAACUAAAACAGUUUUUUGCAUAUACUUUUUGGGCGCAGAAAUGGUUCUUGUUGGCCAGAAAAAUCGGGUAUGUUUUCUGAAGGGUUGGCGCCUUGAGAGAGGUGUUCUUAAGGCGUGGUUGCUUGAGAGAGGGGUUGCCAAGCAGUGACGCCUUGAAAAGCAUGUUGUCAAGGGAUGAAUGCUUGAAAACAUUUUUGAGAAGCACCGGUACCUUGCAACACCCUCUGUCAAGCAGUGGCGCCUAGGGAGAGGUGUUCUCAAGGAGAGGCGCCUUGAAGAUAACGAUUUUAAGGGUUAAAUGCUUGACGAGCUACCUGACAUGCAUCUGUACCUUGAAACACCCUCUGUCAAGCAGUGACGCCUUGAGAGAGGUAUUCUCAAGGCGCAACUGCUUGAGGAGACUAUUUUCAAGCAUCGGAUGCUUGACAAACUAUAUCUCAAGGCGUGGCUGCUUCAGAAUAGUCUUGUCAAGCAGCUGCUGCUUGCAGGAACUUCUGUCAAGCAGCGACGCCUUGAGAGCACCUCUCUCAAGCACCCACCCCUUAUCCCUCCCCAAAAAACCCCCAAUUCCAUUUUUUCCAGCUCUCCGACGCCUCAAAAUCGCAAGAAAACCUGGAUCUCUCAAGGCCCUCAAAUCUCCCACCUACAGUAAUCCCACCACCGUCUUCCUCAUCUACAGUAAUCCCACCGCCAGCUCCCAAAUCCUCAUCUACAGUACCUCAACCAGUUGGACCAAAAACACCGGUGCCGCCGGCGAGAAAUCGAAAAAGAAAGGUACGGUAGAUUUUCGGGGGGUCCCGCAACGAAAAUUACAGUAAUCCUGUUGGAAAAUUCCCCAAAUUUUUAAAAUUCGAAAAAAUUUCGAAAUUUUUCCUCGAGAAAAAUGUUUUUGAAACAAUUCCACAACAAAAAUGCGUCACUUUCAAAAUUUUCAUUCAAAAAUUUUUAUUUGCAAAAAAAAAAAUGAAAACUGCACGGUCUAAAAGUGUUCCGCAUAUUUCAAUCAAAAAAUCGGCUGCUGAAAAUUCUGAAAAUCGCGUUUGCGACGAAAAAUCGAUACCGUUUCAAAGUUUGAUUUUGAAGAAAUUUGGAUUCGAGAUUUUCAAGGUAACUUUUUUUAAAUUGCGAUUUUUCGGCGCGAAAAUUUGAAAAAAUCCGAGUUUUUUGGGUCCUGACACGAAAAUUACUGUAUUUCUUGAAUUUUUUAUUACAAAAUCUCAUUUUUUAUAAUUUUUAAAAGCUACAGUAAUAUAGUUAGGUACAGUACCCCUAGAAAAGACGGAAAUUCCCGAAAAACUACUGUAAUUUUGUUCUGCAGUACUCCUAAUGUUCCUUUAAACAAUACAGUAAUCUUCAGGAUCUACAGUAUCCCCAAAUGAUCGUUAAAAAAUACAGUAAUCUUUGGGAUCUACAGUACUCCCAAAUGUUCCUUUAAAAUUACAGUAAUUUUUUGAAUCUACAAUAUGCCCAAAUGUUCCUUUGAAAAUACAGUAAUUUUGAUCUACAGUACUCCCAAAUGUUCCUUCAAAAUUACAGUAAUUUCUGGGAUCUACAGUACUCCCAAAUGUUCCUUUAAAAAUACAGUAAUCUUUGGGAUCUACAGUACUUAAAAAAAAUCUAGAUUUUCAGGCCCCAAGAUCCCAGAUUUUCAGCCCAAAAUUUCGAGGCUUUCAGACUAAAAAUUCUGGAAUUCCACCACGAAAACCCCCUAUUUUUUGAGUCCUAAAAUGCUGAAAUUUCAGCUCAAAAAACUUCUAUUUUUGAGCUCUAAAAUUCCAGAUUUUCAGCGCCAAAAUCCCAGAUUUUCAGCCCCAAAAUUCCAGAUUUUCAGCCCAAAAAUCCCAGAUUUUCAGCCCAAAAUAACAGAUUUUUAGCCCCAAAACCUCUAGAUCUUCUUCCAGGUCACCGAUCUUCGAUGCAGUGAAACGCGUUGGUUCUACCAGGAGCCCAAAUCCACCCUGUGGCUACCUUUCAAUGGCCGCGAUUCCCUAAUGAUCGAAAUCAAAUAUCGAAAAGAGAAAUCGAUUGAGCUGGAUGAGAAUAUGCUGAAAAUUUUCAACGACGAAGGAUUGCACACACUGAAAUUGGACUCGACAAUUUCGGACAAUGAAAAUGAUGAGAGAGAUAGUGGAAAACCGAUGGUUGUUGUGUUGAAUGGACAGUAUCGGUAAGGAAGUUUGGGGAAGGGAUUUGGCUGAAAAUUGACUGAAAAUUAUUGAAAAUCGUGGAAAAUUGACCUAGAAUCAUUGAAAUUUCAUAGUUUUCCAUGAAAUUUGAAGAUUUUGAAGAAAAAUCGCAAGUGCGCUCUAAUGAACAAAUGAUUUUUAUCUUUAAAAUUCAAAAUUUUCUAAUUAAAAAUAACAAAUGCGCUCUACUGAACAAAUGAUUUUUGUGUUAAAAAUUUAAAUUUCUGGUGAAUUAGGCUAAUGCGCUCUACUGCACAAUUAAUUUUUGUGUUGAAAAUUCAAAAUUUUCUGAUCAAAAAUAGCAGAUGCGCUCUACUGAACAAAUGAUUUUUCUUCUUGAAAUUUCAAAAUUUUCUAAUCGAAAAUAGCAAAUGCGCUCUAAUGCACAACUGCAUUUUUGUUGAAAAUUCAAAUUUUUCUGAUGACAACUAGCUUAUAUUAAAAUUUAAUGCUAAAAUAAGCAAAUGCGCUCCACCGAAAAAACUAGAAAAUUAUUUAAAAUUCAAAUCUCGAAAAUAGAAAGUGCGCUCCACUGAAAAACCCCCCAAUUUUUGCAGAGUAAACGCUGAAAACACAAAAAUCGAUCCGAUUUAUUGGAAAGAAGACACCAAAGAAAUUCGACGAGGCACCUGGUUUACACCCGAUUAUCAACCAUUGGAAGGACCCCUGGCUGAUCAAAUUGAACGAAAUCAUUUGCAAUAUUUCCGAAAUCAAAUGAUACCCGAAGGAACUACCGUAUUCUCCAAGUCUGAAACUAGUAACAAACCGAUUUUGGCCGAAUUGCAUGCGGAUAAUUGUGAUAUUCGGUGGAGCUCGGUGAUUGAUAUUUCGUUGACACAAAAGGGGAAUGCGAUUUUGAGGUGAGGGGAUUUUGAAGGGUUUGGAGGCUGGAAAAUCGAUUUUUGAGCGGAAAAUUGUGAUUUUUCGACCCAAAAUUGAUGAAAAAGCUGAUUUUUGACCUAAAUUUGACUAAAUCCCUGAUUUUUUACCUCUAAGUGAUGGAAAACCUGAUUUUCCAGCUCAAAAUUGAAGUUUUCUAACCUCAACUUAGUAAGUGCGCUCUACCGAAAUCUACAAUUUCUUUCUAAAUUUUCAAAGUUGAAAAAACUGGCAGAAUUUCAAAAUUUUCAAGUUCUAGGCUCAAAAAAUCUGAAAAUUUCGGACUUCCACCUGAAAACUGAAGAUUUUCAAGUUCUAGGCUCAAAAAAUCUGAAAAUUUCGGACUUCCACCUGAAAAUUGAAGAUUUUCAAGUUCUAGUCUCAAAAAAUCUGAACAUUUCGGAUUUUUAAACCCGAGAAUUUGAAGUUUCCAGAUAUGAAACUGAAAAUUCAAGAUUUCUCUUAAAUAUUUUAUUUUUCAAAUAUUUCUGCAUGUUCCAAUUGAAAAAAAUGCCAGAAAUUCAAGAUUUCCACCUGAAAAUUCGCAAAUUCCAGAUAUCUUUGGGCCAAAUCCACGCCUCUCCGACGCGGAUAUGAAAAGGAAGCGGAAUGGAGCGAUGCGGCAGCGGAAAUAUCGCAUUUGAUUCUGGUUGUACAUGGAAUUGGGCAGAAGGGUUAUGAGAAUUUGAUUGCGCAAAAUGCGAAUCAGUAGGUUUUUUGGGGGCUGGAAAUGGCUGAAAUUUGAAAUUUUAAGCUGAAAAUUGUGGAUUUGAGCUGAUAAUUUGGCUAGAAGUCGAUAAUUUUGUGCAAAAAUUUGAAUUUUCAAACUUUUCCGCUAAAAAAAUUCAGAAAAUAAAAUUUUUCACAAAUUUAAUAAAAAAUUAAUUUUCACGUGACCUUUCAAAUUCCACGUGUCAGAAAAAUUUUAUUUCUGAAAUUGAAUUUGUUGGGAAAUGAUCGGAUUUUCAGUGAGUUUUGAAAUUUUCUUGAAAAAAAGCUGAAAUUCGUUGAAAAUCCCACUUUUUCAGCUGAAAAGCCUGAAUUUUACCUAAAAUGAGAAAUUUGACCUGAAAUUUUGAGAAAAUCAGCUGAAAACCCUGAAUUUAACCUCCAAUUCAGAAUUUUCAGCUGAAAAGCCUGAAAAUCCUGAAAUAAAAUAGUUUAAGCCUAUAUGCGACGUGGAAAAUUCUGAAUUUUCAAUUUUUUUUCAAAUUUUCGCGCCAAAAAAUUCAGAAAAUAAAAUUUUUCAAAAAUUUCACGUGACAUUUCAAAUUCCACGUCAAAUUUCCACAAAUUGUUUUUUUUUUUUCAUUUUUUUUCUGAAAAAAAAAAUGUUAUUUCUGAAAUUGAAUUUGUUGGGGAAUGGUUGGAUUUUCAGGGAGUUUUGAAAUUUUCUCGAAAAAUCUGCUUUUCCGCGCAUGCGGAAGCUUGCGGAAGGCACAAGUUAGCUCAACUUCUUCCAGAGUUCGAGAUGGCGUCGUUGCCGCCAUGGAAAAAUCGUAUCCCGACGAAAAAACGCGCCCCAUCUUUUUGCCGGUGGAAUGGAGAAGCUCGCUGGUUUUGGGUGAGUUUGGCUAACUCUAGGCUGAAAAUCGUGGUUUUUGGGUUGAAAAUGACCUAAAAUUCACUGUUUUCAACCCUAAAUGACCUAAAUUCAAAAUUUCAAGCUGAAAAUCUGAAAUUUUCCAGACAACGGUCUCACUGACAACAUUACAAUACCAAAAAUGUCAAGUAUGCGAGCCUCGCUGAACAGUACGGCAAUGGAUGUGAUGUAUUAUCAAAGUCCGCUGUUUCGAACUGAAGUGAGUUGGUUUUCUAGGCCACACAGGCUUCGGCCACGGUUUUAAGCGGGAAAUUUGAAAAUUUGAUUAGAUUUUACCCCAGGAACAUGAUUUGCAGUUGAAUUUCUGAAUUUUAAUGAUUCCUGAUUGUGAGUCUAAAAAUUCAAAAAUUGGAUUCCUAGGCCAUGGAAAACUCGGCCACGUGUUUUUUAGGCGGGAAAUUUGAAUUUUUCAUUAGAUUUCAUCAUAGACAUAUGAUUUUUAGUGAAUUUUCUUAAUUUUGAGGAGAAAAAGCAGAUUUCUCACAAUUUUCAGUCCAAAUCUGCUCAAAAUUCAUAUUUUCCAGCCCAAAAUUCCCCGGAUAACUUUCUAGACCUAAAUUUUCAGAUGUUCAAGUAAAAACCUUCAUUUUCAUCCCAAAAUUCAUCAAAAUUCGUGUUUUUCAGCUCAAAAUAUCUCAUUUUUCACGAAUUUCAGCUCUAAGAUGCUCAUUUUCAGCCAAAAAUCCCUCAAUUUUCAGAUAAUCCGCGGUGUAACCUCCCAACUCAAUCGCGUCUACAAACUUUUCAAAUCCAACAAUCCGAAUUUCACGGGAAGUGUAUCGAUUUUUGGACAUUCAUUGGGAAGUGUGAUUUGUUAUGAUAUCCUGACACAAUAUUCUCCGCUAAUGUUGUAUGAUAAAUAUGUGACGAAAUCGAUUGUGAGUGAUUUUUGGGAGCGGGAAAUUUGAAAAUUUGAAAAAUUUGCGAUUUUUUGAGACUAAAUAUGCCUGGAAAAAAUUCCAGAAAAAUGUACGUUUCAAAAAUAUUUGAUAUAAAUCUGUUGAGAUUUCCCAAUAUUGGGUAAGAUAAUUCAGAAUUAAUUUUUCCAAUUUUGCCACGUCAUAACAUAUGUUAGGAGUUGAGUUUUGCAAUUUUUGACCGCGAAAUCGUGAUCAGCGGGCCGAAAACUACUAGAAAAUAUAUAUUUCAUUCAAAAUCUCCUAGGAAUUUUACAAGGGAACCUUUUUUACUCAACACUUCAAAUCAUGAUGAAAUUUGGUCCAUGGACUUUUGGGACCAUAAGAACACCCUAAAAAUUUUAGUCUCCCAAUGGACCUCUGAGCCAAGUUCUGGGCUCUCAAAAGUUCAAAAAUUGCCGAAAUUGGCUCAUAAAACACGUCAUAACUCAAUUCUCGAUCAAUUUUAUGAAAAACUGAGUAGCAGAUGAUGAUCAGCGUGGUCGAUUUACCCAAAAACCAUCAAUAAAUCAAAUUUUCGGAAAAAUUUUUGAUUUUGAAAAAAAGAAUGAGCAGGGGCACAUAUGAAUUUUCAUGAAUUUUCAACCCAAAAAUAAAAAACUUCAAAAUUUUUCGAAAUAAAGUUUUUUAUUGAUUGACUUUUAGGUAAUCGACUAUGCUGGGUAAAUAAUGAAUGGGACCCCAAAUGGGACCCCAAAUGACUGAAUGGGACCCCGGUCUUUAAAAAUCGUCGUGAUGAAUGGGACCCCAAAAUAAUAAAAUGGGACCACAGCAUUUUUUUGAAUUGUCUGAAUGGGACCCCGCAUAAAAAGGGACCCCGUUGAAUUUUUGUGUUAUUACGAAUGGGACCCCCAUUGAAAUUUUUUCAGAAUACAGGUAGGCUUAAACUUAGACAUAUUCUCAGCACUGGGGUUGGGCUUAGGCUUAGGCUUAGUUAGGUCUUUAGGCUUAGGCUUAGUUAGGCCUUUAGGCUUAGGCUUAGUCAGGGUUUUAGGUCUUUGUUAGGAUUUCAGGCUUAGGCUUAGUUAGGAUUUUAGGCUUAGGCUUAGUUAGGCCUUUAGGCUUAGGCUUAGUCAGCGUUUUAGGUCUUUGUUAGGAUUUCAGGCUUAGGCUUAGUUAGGAUUUCAGGUUUAGGCUUAGUUAGGCCUUUAGCCUUAGGCUUAGUUAGGAUUUUUAGCAAUGGGGGUCCCAUUCGUACUAACACAAAAAUUUAACGGGGUCCCUUUUUUUGCGGGGUCCCAUUCAGACAAUUCAGAAAAAUGCUGUGGUCCCAUUUUAUUAUUUUGGGGUCCCAUUCAUCACGACGAUUUUUAAAGACCGGGGUCCCAUUCAGUCAUUUGGGGUCCCAUUUGGGGUCCCAUUCAUUAUUUGCCACUAUGCUGAUCAAUGUCUGAAACUUCAUUUCUCCCAAAAAAAAAUUUGAAAUGAAGCUAUGAUGCCUUUUAUGACCAUUUUUAGGCCUUUUUUGAGUUUUUGAGAGCCCAGAACUUGGCUCAGAGGUCCAUUGGGAGACUAAAAAUUUUAGGGUGUUCUUAUGGUCCCAAAAGCUGUCCAUGGACCAAAUUUCAUCAUGAUUUGAAGUGUUGAGUAAAAAAGGUUCCCUUGUUAGUUAGCCUAAAUGUUCAGGUAGAAAAAAAUGCUAAGCUUAGGCUUGGCCAAAAAAGUGUAGGCUUAGGCUUAGACAAAAAUUCAAGCCUGGGCUUAUCUGAAAAUCUGGGCUCAGUCUUAGGCUUAUCCUUAAUUUUAGGCUUAGAAUUAUUAUGAUAAGGAUUUAGGCUCAUUUGUAAAUCUAGGCUCAGGCUUAGGCUUAACUAAUUUGUUAGGCUUAGGUUUGGCCGAAAAAUUUAUCUCAAAAUCUAGGUUUAGCAAAAUAAUUAGGCUUAGGCUUAUUAGACUUAUCUGAAAAUCCAGGCUUAGGCUUAUCCAAAUAUCUAGGCUUAGGAAAAUACUUAGGCUUAUUCAAAAAUUUAGGCUUAGGCUUAGCAAAAUACUUAGGCUUAGGCUAAUCCGACAAUUCAAGCUUAGGCUCAUCUUAAAAUUUAAAAAAAUUAUCUGAAAUUCUAGGCCUAGGCUUAGGCUUAUCUUUAAAUCUGGACUUAGGCUUAACAAAAUAAUUAGGCUCAUCCGAAUAUCUCGAAAAAUUCUCCAAAGUUUCAACCAAUUUAAUUGAUACUAGGAUUUCAGAUGAACCUAAGCCUAAGGACCACAUCAGCCCUAAGCCCCCCGAGGCCCCCCUAAGGCCCAAAACAACCGACCGUAUGUUCUUCCAGGACGAAUAUCUUCAAUCGUCAACAUCUGACGAAUCGCGUCGCGCAAUGCAAUCGCUAAAACUCGCACGCGAACAAAUUCGCGACACAAUCGACGGCGGAAUCCAGAAGAUCCUCGUCACCAAAGAGGAGAUUCUGGACUUCAAAUGUAAAUAUAUGUUUGCCGUUGGCUCGCCGCUUGGCGUAUUUCUAACAAUGCGCGGAGGCGGAGCGGAAGAUUUGAUGUCAAGCGCGACGAACGUCGAAAGAGUCUUCAAUAUUUUCCAUCCCUAUGAUCCUGUGGCGUAUCGACUUGAACCAUUCUUCACACCAGAGUAUAAACAUAUCCGGCCCAUUAAAUUGUUUUCGAAUACGGAUCAAAGAGGAAGAGCCAGCUAUGAACAUUUACCCCUAGAUGUAUAUAAACACUAUCUGAAAAAGCUGAAAACGCAAAAGAAAAAAGGGCCGGCUGAGGCGAAAAGUGGAGGAGAUGAUGAUAUUGAUGAGGAGGAUGAGUGUGAUUCGGAUGAGGAUGCGAGGAGUGGAUGUAGCUCGCCGAGAUCUAUGACACCACCGCCACCGAUUGGAGAGAGGGAUGUGAAGGAGCCGAAAGCGGUGAAGGUAUGGGGUUUUGGGGGGAGGUUUUCCGCGAGAUUCCGCGUGGCCGCUAAAGCGGAAGAUUGCGGUCCACAUUCAGAAAAUUUGGAAUUUUUGAUCUAGACAAUGAAAAUCGCGAAAAAUAUGAUGGAAAAUUGAUUUUCGGUCGGAUUUUGACUGAAAUUUCAGAAUAUUUUGAAGAUCGAAAAUUUCUUAUUUAGAAAACUUAUACAGAAUCUGUUCAAAAAUUUAAAAUUUAAAAUUUAAAUUUUUGAACAGAUCCUGUAUUUAAAUUUAAAAAAACAUGAUUUUUGAGACUUUUAUCUUUAAAAUUUAGAAAAUGCGCUCGGAUUUCAACAAAUUCUCAUUAGAGCGCAUUUAUUUUAAAAAUCUUAAAAAAUGCAAAUUUGCUCUACCGAACAACAGAUUUUUUAUUGAAAAAUUUGAAGUUUUCAUGAUUUUUUGGUCUCGACAAUGAAAAUCGCGGAAAAAUCUGAUAAAAAGUCAUUCAGAACCAAUUUUUGAUCACAAAUUUGAGAAUUUUAUGAAAUUUUGACCUAGAAACAAGAAAAACACUGAAAAUUGGAGAAAAUUCAGAAAUUUUGUGCGGAAAUUCGGGAAUUUUGAAAAAUUCUGAUUGAAUUACAGUUCACAAUUGAUUUUUAGCCAAUUAAAAAAAAAUUGACCUAUGAAAAAAAAAUGAAAAUUUGAAUUUUUAAACAGUAUACAAUUUGUUCUGUAGAGCGCAUUUGCAAUUUUGAAAUUAACUUGAGAAUUUUUGAAUGUAUCUCUCAAAAUUCUUCGGCUGAAAAUCCACGUGGAUUCAAUUUUCAAAUGUUCCAGAGACUUUCUGGAAUUGAGAGAUUUCGUAACUCGAAAUCUGGUCUAGCUUUAUCAUCGGUAAAUUUUCCUGACGUUUUGUGGAACUUGAGCUAACUCUGUGUGUGAAAUUUUCGAAUUUUUGAAGUUUCUAAUUAUUUUUUGAGUGAAAAAUUUGAAUUUCUAACCUAAAUUUGACCCCAAAAAUCUCAAAAUUUUCCAGAAAGGCUGGUUCUCUUUUGGAUCUUCUAACACAAAUCCAAAAAAAGCGACGAGUUCAGCGAGUUUGAAUGGAAUGGGCGGAGCAUCGUCAGCAGCAAAUUUGGGCUCGAACUCGGAAAAUCAAGGAAUAGAAGUCGCUAAGGAGGCGGAAGCGGAAUUACCGCUUCCGGAAAGAAUAUUGGGAAGUGGGCUGCGAGUUCCGCAUCGAAUUGAUUUUCAACUACAGGUUGGGAUUUUUGGGGGAAUUUUGGGUUUAAAAAAAUCAUAAUUUUUGAGAAAAUUUGGUCUAGAAUUCGAUUUUCAGCAAAAUUUGACAUGAAAUUUGAAAAAUUUGGGAAUUUCUAACCUAAAAUUACAUUUUCUACACAGUUUUCAAUCACUUUUGACCCUGAAAAUCUGGAAGUUAGGCUAAUGUUGAUCAAAAAUUUUAAAAAUUCAGCAAAUUCCAACCUAAAAAUAUAAAUUUGAGGAUUUCGGACCUGAAAUUCACAAUUUUUGAGAAAAUUUGGUCUAGAAUUCGAUUUUCAGCCAAAUUUGAGCCAAAUUAAGAACAUUCAAUGAUUUUUGACCUAAAAUUCAGAAAUUUUGAGCAAUUUUAGGUCAGAGUUGAUUUUCAGCAAAAAUUUGACCUGAAAACAGAAUUUUUGGGAAAAUUUGAUCUAAAAAUUAGAAAAUUUGCCUGAAAAACAGAAAAUUUACGAAGUUUUGGGAAAAUUUAACCUAGCAUUUGAAAUUCAGGUCAAAUUCAGAUUUUCAGCCAAUUUUUAUCUAGAAAUCUGGAAAUUAAGCUAAAUUUGAACUGAAAAUGCAAAAUUUGAUAAAAUUUGACCUUGAUUUUGGAGCCACAAAAAUUUACGUUUCAAAAUUUUUUGAUAAAGUCGAAUAUAAUUUUUCAAAGUGAUUUAUUUUUUCCGUACGUAGUAUCUACAGUAAUUUUGAAUUUCACUGAAUUUUAGCCAGAUUUUAAAUUUUUUUUCCAGCAAAGUUCUCUGAAAAUUUUUGCCACGUCAUAACUCAAAAAUCCCUAUUUUCUCCUCAAAAAUCCAAGCGUUCCAAAAAUUCUCCCCCGCGCGCUCGAAUAAUUGAAUUUUCAACGCUUUCUCGAUUUUUCCGCCAAAAUUGGCUGAAAAUGAAGAUGAUGUGAUAAUUUUUUUUUUGGCUCAAAAACAUCCGAGUUGAGUUAGGCUAAAUAUAGGAGGAACUAGAAAAAUCGCGGGAAAAUUUGAUUUUAGGUGCACUUUCGACGUUUUUGAGCUAAAAAAAAAUAAAAAUUUGAAUUUUUCAAAAUUAUACAAUUUGUUCGGUAGAGCGCAUUUGCUAUUUCCAACGAAUUUUUAUGAUUUUUAGCUCAAAAAUCGAAUUUUUGGCCAGAAAAACAUUAAAAAUCGUGGGAAAAUUCAGAAUUUUUUAUAAAAUCCCCCAGAUUUCAUCCAAAGUUACCCUAACUCCCUGUUCAAAAUUUCCAGCCUGCCCUCACCGAAAAAUCCUACUGGUCCGUGCUGAAAUCCCACUUUGCCUAUUGGACAAACGCCGAUCUCGCGCUGUUUUUGGCCAAUGUGCUGUAUUGCAAACCGGCGAAGCCCGAAGAAGCCAAAUCUUCGUGGGCCUAA